AUGGCUAUUCAAGCCCUGGUUUUGAAAAAGGACAACGGAAGAAAUUAUUGGAAGAUGUUCAUCCUUUCAGAGGCUAAGCGUAUAGUCAACCAAGAAGCUUCGCGUCGGUGGAGAGGUCAUCACUACCCUCCCCACGUGCCUGCGCAUGCUGUAAAGGCCAAGUUCGUCAAUAUGAAAGCGUCUGAGAAACGUCAUCAACAGAUCAGAACCAGAAUGGAUUUUCUAUUCCAACUGAUUCGCCAUCGCCUGUCGGUGGGUCGUCCGGAAACCGAAGUGGGUGGCGCAGAAGUUUGUGCGUCAGAGGAGGCGGAAGUUCAGUCCGACGAGGCCAAGGAGGAUGAUGCAGAACCUUUGGGUGGCUCAGAAGGUUCAGAUCAAGGGUCAAAAGAAGACAGUGUGUUUGCCCCAGCUCACGGUGAUCUUUUGGAUGGGGAUAUUUCGGAUCAAUCAUCUGCUUCCGGAGAAGGUGGCGCUUACAAAAGGGAUUCAAGUUCAGAAGACGGUAGUGAUUCAGGAGACAAACUAGAUUAUACAACUUUAUCUAUUGAUAAUUCUAACUUAAAAGAAUCUUUGGAAAGCGAUCAGGCAGGCCAGGCUCAGCAGAUGGAUCAUCCGGACAGCGGGAACGAAGACGAAGAUGAUUGGGCGGAUUUGAUGGAAGAGGCGACUUAUGUGAAACGGGGUCAUUGGAUGGAUCAGAUCAAGUUGCGGUUUCAUAAUCAACCGUUCUGUGAAUGGUCUUCAGUUGGAGAAUGGGGUUGCGUUCCUUGCGGGUGGUGUUAG